AUGAUCAUAAAAGAUGCCAAGAAGUACAAUUUUGAGGGAGCUGUGCAGAAAAAGAACAAAACGAAAAGGGCUACCAGGAAUCCACUUGUUACAAUAGAUGGUGCUGAUGAUGAUACUCAGUUCAGUAUACCCUCAAAGCCCAAGAGGGGAAAAAAGAAACGCCCAGUAGAAGGGAACAAUUCCAAUCAAAAGAAGAAGAAAAAACUGAAUUCUAAUUUAAAGAAUUCAGCAUGCAUGGACCUUCCUAUUACUAUACAAAGCAGUUCCGGUUCAGAAUCAAUAGAAGAAGCAGAGAAAUCACCUAAGGCUUUAAAGAAAAAGAGAAAACGAGGACUUUCCUGCAAGCCAGAGAGCGGUCCUGAAAUUCCAAACCAAGGCCAAACAACAGAAUGUCAGGAAGCCAAUUUCCUUGUUGGUAAGAAACGCAGAAGGAAUGUCCCGGACACCUGUGGAGGUGACGGUGGAUACAAUACAAAGAGAAAGAAGAAGAAGAAACGCAAGCUUUCUUGCUCCUUGAUUCUGUCACAUGCUGAAGAUGAUCAUUCCAAAAAAGACUUGCCCCCCACAAUGACAACCAUUUCUCAUGAAAUGAUGCUCUCAGAUAGAAAACACGCUCUUAUCCAGAACGCUGUGAGCAAGGGGGAAAGCAAACAUAUUUGCUGUUUAGUAUCUACGGACAGUCGAGGAACCAGAAAUGGGGUUUUGGAGAGAGUGACCGCAGACUCUACUUAUGAGGUGCAAGAAGAAAACAACCACAAGGACACAGCCCACAUAUUGAAAAAGAGAAAGCAAGUAAAAGAGCAGAAGGGGAAGAAAAAAUUGAAGAAGAAGAAGUUGAAGGAGGAGGAAGGUGAUUUCGUUUUGACAUCAGCAGGUAACCAGGAAAACCACCCUGCUGAAACACGUUGGAAGACCAAAUCUGGAAAGAAAAAGGAGAAAACAGAUCUGAUCCAGAACUCUGAAGGAGACAGCAAAGGCCUCAAGAAGAAAAAAAUCUGCACCAGAGUUGCAAACAGUUACCCCGAUCUUCUGGAGGGCGAUGAAGCUGCUUUUGACAGGGAGGGAAAAGCAGCGGCGGCGGCGAGAAGAGCUAAAAAGAAAGCCAAAAAAUCAAAGAAGGAGCGAGACCGAGCCGCAAGGUUAGAGAGCAGCAGCUUCCGGGAGAAGAGUGACAAGCUGCGAGCCACCACAAAGAGGAAGGCGAGGAAGAGUGAGGGGGCUGAGGAGGAGCCUGUUUCAAAGCAAGCGAAGAUCAAGAAAGAAGCAAAGGAAAGGGAAGAUGAAAUCCAAGUUGUAGCCAUUAAGAAAGGAAACUGUGAUGAAGUACGAAUAGACAAGUUGAGACGGCAGGCUCUCCAAGAAGAGAUCGACCUGGAAUCUGGCAAAACGAAGGCCGUCAAGGAAGACGAGGAAUCGGGUCACUGCUUUGGCCAGUGGGGCACAGCAACCUUUGACAGCGCCGAGCAGAAGUCAAAAUUUCUCAGACUGCUGGGUGGUUUUAAGAAAGGCCCCGCUUCCACUCAGGAGUGGCCGGCAAAGGCGAGGCAGCAGAACAUGGCCUUGGCCCGGCAUGGAGAGGAGAAACUGCAGCAGACCCUGCAGGCUGAAUUCGAGAAGGCGAUGGAUUGGAAGCAGCGGCGAGGCGCGGGCCUGGGGUUCCAGCCGGCUCCUCAGAAAUGGGCGUACAUCGAUAAACACGCUUCGAAAUCGAUAAAGUUUGAGGACUAA